GAGUUUGGUUGGCGAGAUCCAGAGCUUCCGGAGGUAAUACAAAUGUUGCAGCAUCAGUUCCCUUCUGUUCAGUCAAAUGCAGCUGCCUAUCUGCAGCACCUGUGUUUUGGAGAUAAUAAAAUUAAAUCAGAGAUAAGAAGACAAGGAGGGAUUCAGUUGUUAGUAGAUCUCCUAGAUCAUCGUAUGACAGAUGUUCAUCGGAGUGCUUGUGGGGCACUUAGGAACUUAGUAUAUGGUAAAGCAAAUGAUGACAACAAGAUUGCACUGAAAAACUGUGGUGGUAUUCCAGCAUUGGUACGGCUGCUCCGAAAAACCACAGAUUUGGAAAUCAGAGAACUUGUAACAGGAGUUCUGUGGAACCUGUCUUCAUGUGAUGCCCUUAAAAUGCCAAUUAUUCAAGAUGCCCUCGCAGUGUUGACCAAUGCAGUGAUUAUCCCUCAUUCGGGGUGGGAAAACACUAUCUUACAGGAUGAUCGUAAAAUACAGUUACAUUCAUCACAGGUGCUGCGCAAUGCCACUGGGUGCCUAAGGAAUGUGAGUUCUGCUGGAGAAGAGGCACGCAGAAGAAUGAGAGAGUGCGAUGGACUGCUGAUGCCUUGCUGUAUGUCAUCCAGGCUGCGCUAGGAAGCAGUGAAAUAGAUAGCAAGACCGUUGAAAACUGUGUGUGCAUUUUAAGGAACCUCUCUUACCGUCUAGCUGCAGAAACUUCUCAGGGACAACAGAUAGGAACUGAUGAGCUUGAUGGAUUACUUUGUGGUGAAACAAUCAACAAGGAUGCUGAAAGUUCAGGAUGCUGGGGAAAAAAGAAGAAGAAAAAGAAAUCUCUAGACCAGUGGGAUGGGGUUGGACCUUUUCCUGAUUGUGUAGACCCGCCAAAAGGAAUCCAGAUGCUAUGGCAUCCAUCAAUAGUUAAACCCUACCUCACACUUCUUUCUGAAUGCUCAAAUCCAGACACUCUGGAAGGUGCAGCUGGAGCAUUACAGAACUUAGCUGCAGGAAGCUGGAAGUGGUCUAUAUAUAUUCGUGCUGCUGUCCGGAAAGAAAAAGGACUGCCAAUUUUGGUGGAGCUCCUUCGAAUAGACAAUGACAGAGUGGUGUGUGCUGUUGCUACUGCUUUACGGAACAUGGCCUUAGACGUUAGAAAUAAAGAACUAAUAGGCAAAUAUGCCAUGAGAGACCUGGUUCACCGUCUUCCUGGGGGGAACAACUGCAACACCCUUUCUAGCAAGGCUAUGUCUGAUGACACUGUCACUGCUAUAUGCUGCACCCUGCACGAAGUUAUUACUAAAAAUAUGGAAAAUGCCAAAGCCUUACGAGAUGCAGGAGGCAUUGAAAAGCUUGUUGGAAUUUCGAAGAGCAAAGGAGACAAGCAUUCGCCGAAAGUUGUGAAGGCAGCAUCUCAGGUUCUUAACAGCAUGUGGCAGUACAGAGACCUCAGAAAUCUCUACAAAAAGGUAUGUUAUACAUGUAUUAUAUUUGCAACACAUCAUUACAUG